AUGAAGACUGCAAGCGCAACCACCCCAGCCCUCCUCCUCGCCGCCCUCCUUAUCAGCUCUCCGGCAGGAAUCUCGGCAACAACCACCGACGACGACGGGACGUUCUACAUUGUCCGCAAGCCGCUGCCGCAGUCCUCCGUCUCGGCGUCGCGCCAACUGGCCACAUCGCCGUAUCCGGAGCUGAGCUUCGAGGAGGCCGUCGCCGCCAUCAAGGAGGCCACGGCUGCAACCAACGGGAACCAGGAUGGUGUCGCAACGACAACGACGACGACAACGACAACAGCCCUCGCGGUCAGGAACGAGGAGGCUGUCAACGUCGAAGGCUUGACGCAAAGAGUCACGGGUGGGGGUAACCAGUGGGGCUGUGUUACGCGCGGCAUCUAUUCCUACUGUGGUGGGCAAUCUGGGUGGUCUGCUGGGUCGAGGUUGGAUAUGCCCGGGUGGGUGGUAGUGUCUGCCGGGGCGGUUGGAUCGGCGAUUCUGGUAUGGUUGGCUUGA